AUGACGAAAGCGUGGAGAGAGAAGCAGGCCGACAUCACGAGGCUCUACAUCCAUGAGAAUAAGACCUUGAACGAGGUCAAGGCGAUCAUGGAAGAGCAGCAUGACUUCAAGGCCUCGACCAGAUCGUACCGCCAACAGUUUGACAAAUGGGGCCUGGCCAAGUACAACUGCAAGAAACGGACGGCACGUCGUCGGAGCCAGGACGACAGCGGCCAUCAACACCACCACCAGAGCGCCGGGCAAUACUAUCCCGAUAUGGGUGCCAACGGAGGCGGAGGCGGAGGCGGGGCCUCUGACUUUGCCGCCGCGGACCCGGACGCCUACGACCAGUCCAUGAGCCCCCAGAGCUGUGGCAGCAGCCUGAGCUCCGAGUCGGCAGUGGAAGGCGGCGUGGUCGAGGACAUGAUGGAAGGGAGCUACCCGCACCAGCAGCCCCAAUCCCCUUACCAAUACCAGCAGCAGCAGCAGCGGCCGCAGGUGUACUCGGCAGCGCCGCUGAUGCCCGCACGUCGGGAGAGCGUACCGUACUACGGCGGCGUUGAAUGUGUUGUCCGUCAGUCAAGGCCGCAGUAG